AUGAAAAAUUAGUAUGAUUCACUCUAAAAACAUCAGUGACUCUCGGCCCCAAAUCUCCAUCCCCAGCCGUCGACGGUCGAGCCUCCCCCUCUGCGAUCCCCCGAUUGGAUAACGUUCUCUCAGUCCUUCUGCCGUCGCGAACAACGUAUCCACACCUCCUUCCGAGACAAUUUCAAGCUACAUGUAAACCAAGCUUCUCCAUGGAAUGCAGUAAUCAGACUAGAAGCAAAGAGCUGGAUAAAUCCACUAGAUUUCAUCGCUUAGUGUACUCGGAGAUAGAAGAGAUUGGAUGGGAGCAUCUAGUGAGGUUGAGUGGAGAUCUAACACUUCUUAGCCUUCGCGUGUUGGAUAAGAAGGGCAGAGUUCAUCAUUUGGAAAUCCAAUUGGAUAAAGCCUACCCCAAAUCGCCCCCUUCAAUUUCAGCAGAGGUGCCUUACAUUUAUGAUUUAGAAUGGUCGAUCCACUCAAGAUUAAAAAACGUGGUGCAGCAGUUUCAGGAGCAUCUGAAUAAGCUUCAGGAAUUUUGGUCGACCUUGAAGGAUAUUGACAAAACACUUUUUGUUGAUAGUAAAAUGUCGUCCUUGUCAUCCCGCUCUAUCGAUAUAGGCAAUGAUUGCUUCAUCGUCCUAUCUAUAGUUGCCAAUGAUCCUAGAUCUUUACCAGAUUGGUUUAGAAUUCGUUUUGUAGGUUCAGGUCAACUUGUGAACAUCAUGAGAAAGAAUUGGCAAAGAAACAGCAAACUCUGGAGUACUAAGAGGUCAUUUUUAGAGAAUCUUGAAUGCCUUCUGGCGACUCAACUGCCAAGGCGUCCAGAUGUCCAGAAGAACGACCAAGAAGUUGAAUGUGGAAUUUGUUAUUCUCAAAGUCUUCCAAUCGAUGAGGAGCUGGGAGAUAAGAGCGGGAGUGGAAUCGACUACACGUGUGAGAAUACCAACUGCAACAGAGCUUUCCAUAGUGUUUGUCUCGGUGACUGGUUGCGCUCAAUCACCACAACAAGGCAGUCAUUUAACGUUCUGUUUGGAAAUUGUCCAUAUUGCUCAGAGCCGAUUGCGGUGAAGAUCAACAUUGCCAAGCAAUAACUUUGUUUCCCCUUCUUUUGGUUAUAAGUUCUACCCUCUCAUGAAAAUUUUAAGGUCUCUAGAUGACAUCCUUUAAGAGGCUCUCUCUCUCUCUCUCAAGUUUCUUGUAUGUCGGUGUGAACUUGAUACUAUCAAUCUGAAGGGGAAUCCAAUGUAAGCUUAGCGCUCAAUCAAUUAUAGCACUUUGUGUUUCCUGUAACUCUGAUAUGUUAUAUAUACCUAACUUUGAUAUGUGGCUCUCUUCCACUACAUUCUAUC